GUGAUGGAACCUACAACCCUUCGGUUCAUGGGACAACACUCCAACCAGCUGAGCCACACUAGCCAUAGCUGUUAGGGGUUUUAAAUGGGUUACUAUGUGCAAUCAUUGGGAAUGGUGCUUACCACCAAGUGGGUUCUGUCCUGAUUAGUUCAUGUAUCUAUCUCUCUGUGAGAGUGAGUCACAUCUUAUAGGCCCCAGGCCAGUGUGUGCCCCACUCCACAGCCAUGAAGCAGCACCCUAGGUUCCACAAUGACAAAGUUCUGGUCUUUCUGCACACCCAGAUCCAGGGCUCACUGAAGUGCUGCUACCCAAUGGCCACUCACCAGAUCCCCCUGAGCCUAGUGCCCUGGGAACAGAAUGGCUUCCUGCAAGUGAAAGUAGAGGACGAGGAGACCAGCCUUUCCCAGAUCCAGGAAUGUGGCCUUGGCAGCACAGUCCACCCCAAGGCUGCUCGUCUGCGCUUCCGGCACUUCUGCUAUGUGGAGGCAUCCAACUCUCAUGAGGCCCUGACCCAGCUCUGCAAGCUCUGCUGCCAGUGGCUACAGCCUGAGGUGCACUCCAAGGAGCAGAUGCUGGACUUACUGGUGCUGGAGCAGUUUCUGGGUGUGCUGCCCCCCAAGAUCCAGGCCUGGGUGGGGGCCCAGUGCCCCAAGAGUGGCAAAGAGGCCGCCAUGCUGGUGGAAGAUCUGACUCAGGUGCUGGACAAGAGAGGAUGGGAGCCGGGAGCUGAGCCCUCAGAGGAAAGCUGUGAGCACAGCCAUUCAGAAUCAUCACACACAGCCACUAAGAUCCUCAUGGGGAGCAUUUCCCCAGAACACAGCUUUGGUGAUGCCUUUGAACCCCAGAGCAGCUCAGAGAAACUGGUAGGACUCUUGGGGGAUCUCUGGACAAAAUCUGCCACCCAAGAAGCAGAUUUCAGGCACACUCCAGGGCAUCAUGAGGAUGCCCCCAUGGGCCAGUCCAGCUGUGAAUCUGGUGCCUUCGGGAGCAGUCCCAAUGUGUGGCCAGAUGACACUUGGGAAGAGAAGACUCGUUCUGAGGAGAAAUUUGGUCCAUCAGAUGGUCCUGGGACAGAGCCUCCAUGCGUGCAUGCAGGAAGGACGUCCUCCAAGUGCGGAGAAUGUGGAAAAAUGUUCCAGAGCACCUGGGCCCUGGAGCCACACGGAAAGAGCCAUUCCCGAAAUACGCCCUACACCUGCAGUGAGUGUGGGAAAGCCUUCAGCAGGAGCACCCACCUGGCCCAGCACCAGGUUGUGCACACAGGGGCAAAGCCCCACAAGUGUAGGGAGUGUGGAAAGGCCUUCAGCCGGAUCACCCACCUAACACAGCGCCAGCGCAUCCACACAGGGGAGAAGCCUUAUAGGUGCAGGGACUGUGGUAAAACCUUCAGCCGCAGCACCCACCUCACCCAGCACCAGAGAGUACACACAGGUGAGCGGCCUUACACGUGUGACGUGUGCGGCAAGGCCUUCAGCCAGAGUGCCCACCUGACACAGCACAUGCGCACCCACACAGGGGAGAAGCCCUACAGGUGUGACCCUUGUGGGAGAGCCUUCAGUGACUGCUCAGCUCUGAUCAGGCACCUGAGGGUCCACUCUGGGGAGAAGCCAUACCAGUGCCAGGUUUGUCCAAAGGCCUUUGCACAGAGCUCCUCCCUCACCGAGCACCAGAGGGUCCACACCGGAGAGAAGCCCUACAAGUGCAGCGACUGUGGGAAGGCCUUCAGCCGCAGCUCCGCCCUCCUGGUGCACCUGCGUGUCCACAUCACGGUCCUGCAGUGACCCACCGGGCGGCACCCUUGGGCUCAGCAUGGAAGAGAAACCCUGAAUUCCAAAGGAGCGAGGGAAAACAGGGUGGGCCAUCAAUGGCUCCCCCAGAUUGAUGAGUUCUUAAGGGCAGAUGUAGGGCUAUCUAGGAGCAGCUCUGCAUUUGAUGAUCCAGAUGAAUGCAAAAGUAUCCAGCUUCCAGAAGUAUCCCACUGUCUUCCAUUCACACUAAACCCAUCUCAGAGAGAGGACAGGUGAGCUGAGGAGCUUGGUUUGUCCUCAGAGCCAGGGCAGUCAGGUAGCAUUUCUGUCAGGACUCAGUGGUCCUGGGAUGGUCCUGGCUGGGUCUCCAGCUUCAUGCUCCCAUUUCUCCUCUGCUUAGCAGGUGGGACACUGCCCACACCACCUCUGUGCUUUUCCACUGACUAUUCAAUUCACUGUCCAACUCCAAGGCCAGCUCACGAGGCUGCCUCUUCAUGAGGCACUCUCCAGACACUGCAUCUCAUCCUCUCCUUCACUGAGGAUGCUGCUGACACUUGCCUGGAGGCAUUUGUCUGUGACUCUCCCCCCUCCUUCACAUCCCACCAGCUAUUGGCCCUUUUGGUUUUACCUGUACUCACCUGUACUUCAUUUUCUUCUCCAUCAUCGUCACUUUAUGUGAGCCCUCAUCGCCUGUCAUGGAUUCCAGCAGGGGGCCUUCCAGGCCCCUUCUUGCCUUCUCCAUACCAGCCUCCAUGGCGCUCUUCCCAUACACUGAUUCUGAUCAUGUCCACCAUGGCAGAAAGCUCUCUAAUGCCUCCCCUUGUACAGCAGAGCUUCCUGAAUGGGUUGCAAGUUUGCCAAGAUGAGAGUUACUUUGGGCUCCAAACAACCUUGCCAGUUACUUUCACAUAUGUGUCUGAAUAUGGUCAUCUCUCUGCGUGUGCCGUGAUGUAAAAUGGUUUCAAUGGACUGUUGUCUGGAAUGAACCUCAAACUCCUGCACCUGUCCAUGAGCAUUCGUGACAUGGCCCCACUGGCCACAUUGAACUACUAGCAGUUCUUGAAGAAGCCAUACUUUUGCCCACUGACAUGCCUUUGUACUGGUGCCUGGAACCCUCCUCUUUGCUUUCCUCCAAGAUGUUUCAAAUAUCUUCUCCCUCCCCAGCAAAUUGU